AUGCCCAUCAAGUCAAUCUUCAGCAGCGCCCUCAUCGGGUUGCUUGCUACGGUACCUCUCACAACUGCGCACACGUGGAUCGAACAGUUGAUGGUCAUCGCUCCAAACGGGACCCUCGUAGGACAACCCGGGUUUGCUCGUGGAAAUGUCCUGCGUGGUACUCCUGGAUUCAGUGAUCCCACCAUGGUCAAUCUCAUCCCCCCCGACGGGCGUCCAAUCAACCAAAUUCAGCCCUCCGACCUCAUGUGCAAAUCCUCUCAAACAUCUCAAACCCAAACCGAUGGUUCCCCGAGACUGCAGGCGGCUGCUGGAGCAGGUGUUGCGCUGCGCUACCAAGAAAACGGCCAUGUCACUUUGCCAGACAAUCAACCAGGCAAGCCACCCAAUCGAGGCACAGUCUAUGUCUACGGAACUACUCAACCCAGCCCCGACGAUUCUUUCCUCGCCAUCCACCGUGUUUGGACGCCUGAUGGCUCGGGCGGUGAUGGCCGCGGUCGUCUCUUGUCCACUCGCAAUUUCGACGAUAGCCAAUGCUAUCAAGUCAACGGCGGCCAGAUCUCUCAACAACGCCAACAGCAAUACAAGCAUCCUGCCGACGAUCUGAUGGGCCAGGAUCUCUGGUGCCAACAAGACAUUCAAAUCCCGGAUGAUGCCCCGUCAGGUCAACCCUACACGCUUUACUGGGUAUGGGACUGGCCUACCUUGCCAGGCACCGCCGGUUUCCCCGAUGGCAAGCAAGAGAUCUACACCACUUGCAUGGACGUUGAUAUCGUCGACGACACUGGAGAUGAUACGGUUUCCAAGGCACAAGUCGACUAUGCACAAGGUCAACCUCUUGACAAUGCUGCAGUGUCUGCUCAAAUGACCGAUCUUGCCAAUCCUACCGCCGUCACAGGUUCCACUAUUGCCUUCUCUGCGUCAGCGACAGGCCCCGUUUCCGGUGGUGCAAGCGAAGCUAGUGUCUCCGCUGCCACAGCAUCUGACACCGGUGUGCCUGCCUUCCUGAGUGUUCACGUGGGUUCAACAGCUGGGCCGGGCAUCGAGACUCAAACGUUCAGUGUCAUUCCAAUCGGCGUAUUCACUACCACCACUACUGAUGCCGCCCAGGCGCAACAAACUGGCGGGUCAAAUGGUGGAAAUGAAAACAGCCGUGGCGGCCGUGGUGGCGACAACAACAACAAUAACAACAGCCGUGCGUUACCACUCCCCUGGAUCUUCUCCGUUCUCGCCAACUGGCUGAAGAGCCUUUCGAAUGCUGACUCUAACUUCUCACCAGAACCCGAAGUGACCGCGGCUCCCAAUGCGGCCGGUAACGUCGUCGUGGCCACUUUCACCGAGUACGAAUCUGUGACCGAAACCGUCUUCCAAACGGUGUAUCAAACGAAGUACACCAAGCGAAGUGCAGGUGAGUCAUCCUAUCCAACUGCCCGCGGGUCUGUGGACAAUGAUUAUGCUUUCCCGACGACCUCCCCCAUACACACUCCUCCCUACCCUGUCAGCUGCUUCUGGUGCCCGACUGGCUCGGCGUCUCAAAGGUUCACCCAACCUAGUGGCCCACCGCCCUGGCUCAGUGGCGCCUGGGCCUCUAGGGCGCAGAGACCUCAUCUACGUCCCACCGACUGGGUCGGACACAGCAACGGCAGCACCGAGUAUGGUGGCAGACAUGGCUCCGAUGACAACAGCUCCAACCUUUAUACAACAACUACGACGGCUGAAAGCACGAUCACACUUGCAAGCACAGUGACUUUGACGAAAUACCGGCCCUUAGUCUCAUCUGCCGCCGCGGUAGUCCCUGUGUCUUCGUCGCCCACAUUGACUGAGGCUACAACGGCUCACGUGACUGUCACCCUCAGCACCAUGUUGACCUUGACGACAUACCUGCCAUCUGCCUCUGCUUCUGGUGUUGCCGACGCUGUUGUUAGCUCCUCAGCCGGUUCGGCGUCAUUGCCCAGCUACAGCCCCCAACCAUUCCCACCGCUUCCUCUCUCAUCCGCCCCAGACACAAACAUCUACUCUGCUCAGCCCACUUCUCUUCCUCCCAUGUCCUUUACCUCCACGUCCACAGAUACAGCCUCGGUCACAAUCUUUCCAACCAACCCGUCGCCUACCCUUCCACCCACAAAUACUCAAGAAGAUCAAGCACUAACAUUCACUGUUCUGCCAAUUCCAGAUCCUGCACCGACGCCUGCACCCGCUCCAACAGUUUCGACAGACCACUCUGUGUUUCGGCUCAGGGCUCGAAACCCGUUCGUGUGGCUAGGCUGGUCCGCGCAGAAGGCAGAAGUGACCCAGAGUCCUUCUUCCUCCUCAUGA